ACUAAUAUGAACAAUGAGGACAGUGAACAUGUCGAAAUACUGAACUUUUCAAGCCCCAAGGCGUCUCUGUCCACAAACGUCCAGGUGUCAUUCCGCAAGCUCCAGGAUUUGUCGACCGCUCAAUUCACCCAAACAAACACAGUUUUCAAAAAGCUCUGGCAGUACCUAAGGAUUGUGUUGCUAAAAAAGGCAAAUCCCUUUGAAGAAUACGUUUUGGAAGCAGAGCCCAACGACUCAGCGUUGGUGGCCAAGUAUAGCGGGGUCACAAGAGUGGACUUGUCGCGGCAACAGGGCUUAUCUGUUGAUGAAGUAUACUUAAAAACGUUGCACAUUGACCACCCGUUGACGAAUUUCAUGAAGAAUGAAAACAACCAAUCAGUCGAUAUACUGCAGGAGUUGAAAGAGUCGCCCAUAUUGGUGUUUGUCCAUGGAAUGGGCGGCCAGAUGUCACAGUUUGAGCCAUUGAUGGCGUUGUUGUCGCAGUGUCUGGAGAUUGUGUCACUUGACUUGCCAGGGUUUGGUGAUUCCAGGGCAGACUUCAGCACCGCAAGCGCCAGGUUGACGAAAAUAUCUCCAGAAGAUCAAGAAAGAAUUUCGACGUCUGUGGCAUCCAUGGCAGAUGGAGAUUUCACCAGUAACAACAUCAGUGUUAUUAUAACUGAGUUUAUCAAUCAAACCAUACCUCCUAAUAAAAAAGUGGUUUUAAUAGCUCACUCCAUGGGUUGCCACUUAUCAGUACGAGUUGCAAAGAAAUUGCCUUCGAGCAAGGUUGAAGGGUUGAUUUUGUUAACGAGUCCCGGGUUUCAGGAUGAUAUUUACACCAAUGAACAAGUGAAGAAUAGUCACAAAACAUCGAUAUUUGCCAACUGGAUGACUAAGUUCCCGUCCGUUGUUAAUCUCAUGAGAGUCUGGGACAGGCUUGAAGGGCUUGAAAGCUCAAGUGUUUUCAGACAGAUUGGAGAUACUUCACUCUAUCCUCCACAUACCUCGUUGUACAUUAAAUUACGUCAGUUUAGGUGGAACUUAGACGUCGAUACCAAGGUGAUAUUAAAGUACAUAAAGGGGUUUGAAAGGUGUAAAUAUAGUGACUUGGUAGCAGCUAUUAAGAGGUUUAAUAACAAUCCGUUUGACACCCGGGUGUAUGAGAAAACGGUAUUGGUGGCCGGAACUGAUGACAAAGUGACACCACCUCAGAAAAUCACUGAGAUAGACAACAUGUUGUCGCACGUGUUUCAGAGAAAGGUUAGUACUUUGAUAGAAAUCAAGAAUGCUGGCCAUGGCUUGUUAUUGUCGAAACCAGAGUUUAUUAGUGGUAAAAUCUUGGAUCAUAUUGAGAACAAGUUUCCCGAACGAUUGCAUCUCUCACCCGCUUGGGUGUUAAGAGUCAAAGCAGAUAUCAGUGGUGACAAAUGGGGAUUGAAGAACGAGUUGAAAUGGCUGAGACUUGACCCAAUCUCUCUUAAUAUUUCUAGAAACCAUGGUAAAGACAUUUCUCCAUUGUUGGGUAUGAAAACCCUCAGAGAGGGGGAUGCAAACCACUCGCCUAUCAUCUUAGAAAACGCUUUUUAUGGUGAUAGGUCCAUGAUUCCAUCCCAAUAUAAGCUUCCUACUGGCCAUCUUAUUGCAAUUGUCGAUAUCUCUGCCGAUAUUCCACCAUAUGAUCCUGAGACGUUUAAAAUCAUCACCUAUUACAAAUGUGCAACCGUUUCCAAGGUGGUUCCCGACCCUGGCUCCAUCAGAAAGUUCAUUCAACUUAUCGAUAAGAUCUUGGAGCUGAAGACAAUAGAGGAUCCUUUGAUAGCGGUGCAUUGUCAUUAUGGAUUUAAUAGAACCGGUUUUCUAAUCUGUUGCUUCCUAAUUGAACGGUUGGGGUGGUCUGUUGAAGAAGCCAUUGGUGGAUUUAGAGAUGCUAAACCUCCAGGAAUCAAACACCGCCAUUUUAUCGAUGCCCUUUAUGUUAGAUACGAGAGUUAGUUUAUUAAUAUAUAAUUUUGCAGUAA